AUGAGACAUUCAUGUUUGUGGAGCACUAUUACAGUCACUGCUAUCCUGUUACUGAAUAUUCUGUGCCCUGAACCUGUGUCUUCUACAGCGUCUUCUCAGGGAACUGGUAAAUACUAAAAUUACAAAUUUUUGCAAUAUUUUAUUAGUAGAAUUGCACUUUUUUUGCAUAUCAGCAUCCAUGGUUCAUCAGUAAUUUCUCUGGUACGGAACACUGUUUGGACAUAAAAACAACCCUCAAACAGUGAAACUAAUGUAACAUCCAGUUCUUGAAAGGUAUCGUAUGAAAAGAUGGACGUUUGAACUGAGCCUAAGAAGGAGGGAGUGAACACAGCGAUAUUAAUUUAAAUGACAAGCCAUUUGUCUCUUAUGAAAAAACGAUUUCAAGAACCUUUAUAGUUCAGCAGACGACCUAUAUCAAAAAAGCUUCUGGAGCAGAGUUUAAAAUAGUGUCGGUUCUUAUACUUGUACCAAGUGGAACAUGUCAGAGGAUCUGUAUGGGCCGGGUAUUUCCGACGAAAACGAAGUGGCGACGAUCUUAGAGAUUAAAGCAACGAUAGCUACCAUUUUAAUCAAGUUUGACAGUGUUAGUCCGGCGUGCAAUGACGGCAAAGAAACCUCUGUUGCACGUUUAGAGUUUUCUUAUUUUCGCUUAUUUUCUCCUUCCGUCGUCGUUAUGGUCGUGCUGAGCUCGCUAGUGGCGUUACAAUGCAAAACAAUUUUGAUAUGCGACGAUUGCGCCUGAAAAACCGACGAUUUGAUGGAAAACGGGCGACGAAAAUCGAAGUCCGCAGGUACCCCAACAGAGACACAUGUCAUGUGGUCAGCAGUCUAUGGCCACCAAAAUGACUUUAACUCAGCUCCUUCAAAUAUUUUGUUUAUUGGCAACACUUUCUUGCGAUGCCGAAGUGAGCUGCAGUUGAGGAACAUUUGAGCUAAUUUCGUCGUACUCAGAUCUCCCAGGGCUAAGGGAAAGGGGCGUACUUGACAGAGUGAGACCUGGGAACCAGGUUAAAUUUGAGCACUUUAAAAAGUUUAAUAGAAAAAUUUUUAUUAUUAUUCCCUAGAAUCACCUCCAAUAUAUAAAGUUAACGAAGCUGGGAGUAGCCAGGUGUAUGACUUUUUUUGCGGAAACGAAAUCACUUCCUUCUGGAAUCAAGUGUGUUCUCCAAACUCAAGAAAGCGUCGUAAGUUUACAACUGUUUUCUGGCAUUACUCAAGUUUCACUAAUAAUAUCAUGGAUGACAAAUUACUCCUUAAUUUUGGCGCGAAAUUUCAGCAUUAAUUUUUCAUUUUGCCGUGGCGUUCCUUCGUUUCAGUGCCAAGAUGACGUCGAAGUUUUAAAUGUUAUGAAUGAAGAUGUCAGGGCACUAAAAGACGCUUUAGAAAAUAGAAAAAACACGAAAAAACGCAUUAAGAAGGAUUCUUACAGGUAUUUUGUCAAAAAAUUCAAAAACUUGUGAACUUAUGCUAAAAUUUAUUCUCUAAACUUUUCAGUACGUGGAGUUCUUCAGUACGAUAAACAAGUAAAAAAAAACACGAUUGUGAGCAUAAUUUGUCACCCGUGAUAUUGAUAGGUAAAGGCUCGGGAAAUCAUUAGAAUUUCGACAAAACGCGCGUGAAAUUAGUUCCUAAUUUCACUCGUCAUCAUUUGGUUACACAUUCUAACAUUUAAUAUCUUUACAAUUUCCUAAAACCGUCAGAAAAAACUAAAAGAAAAGAAAUUACUAAAAGCAGCAGGGGUACUGAAGUUAUGAUAACACUUUUUUACUUUCAUAUCACUUAGCUUAAGAAACUCCUACAGCAAGAUAUUCUGCACUUUCGUGUCUCGCGAGAUACGUGAUUAGCAAGAUACGUGAUCAAGAGAUUUUACCACGCGAAAUGCGGGAAAUGCUGUUAUGAAGUACCAAUACCCAGAAAAAAAGUAAAUUUCAUUUUCUUGAAUGUAAAACCAAAUCUUUUCAUUUUGAUUUAGCGCAUUAUGCAGACAUUUUUCUCGUUUCUCUUUCGACCUUUCAUCAUUGGGUAACGGGGAUUAACAACCCUAAUCGGGGCCCUUUGAGUAGUCACGCAAUAUGAGUUUUAAACCGACGAUUGUAUUUCCUUUUUUGGAGUAACAAUCACGAAAGCGCGUCUUGCCGUCUAUCCUCUUUGUAUCGUAGGGAGGCUGGGGAGAGGGAAAAAUAAAGCGCUUAGGGGACGAUGGGAAGGGAAAGCGAGGCUCGCACCUUUUCCCUUCUCCCAUCGUUCCCCGCGCGCUUGCUGUUUUUUGAUUAUUGCUAUUUAUAUUGGGAUACCAAGCGGAAACCUCUUGCCUCUUACAGGUGGUCAUAACAAGUUAUUUGUCGAUGAAUGGUCACGUUCCGCUAUCAAAUUCAAAGACAAUCUGAUCGUUUAACCUCUCCUUUAAAUAUUUCUUUCAGGGUCCAUGUUCUUGGAUGAAAAAGAAGCUUUAAGUUUUUUGCAACAACAAAUACAGCGUCAUCGGAGAAGCACAGGGCAGACAGAUAUCGUGGAAGAAUGCUGCCAUGAAGGCUGUGCUCUCGAAGAAGUGGCAGAAUACUGUUACUGAAGAUAUUUAACGUAUGAGAACGAACACUGGUGCGGCUAUAGUUCGCCUGUUUCAAAGGACAAUGCUAACUUAAGAGCAUGUACUGAACCUUAACUUCUAAACAACAAGAACAACACGUAGAACAAACAAAUCUGAUAUGUUGUACACUCGCAUUGCUUGGGUGGGGAUAAAACGCAGGCCAGAGCUACGGUGUAGGCCAACACUCGGAAAGAAUUCUUUUGAAUAAUGUACAGUCUUUUGGAAAUAGAGGCGAUAAGGGAAAUCGCCCUCCGGGCUCAUCAACAGGGUUUUGAUGGUGCUAAAAUAGACAUAUUCUAUUUUUUUUUUAAGUAAAUCAUUGACGAAUCCAUGACCUACGUACGGCGGCGUUAUGUCCUUACCCAAUGCUUUCAGAAUGUUUCGCACCAUGUAAUGCUAAUGAAAGGAAUCCGGACUCUUAGUUCCACUGACAAAGACUCCGGAAUCCAAUACCUGUAUUCCGGAAUCCACAGAAUGGAAUCCAGAAUCCAAGUCUGUCUUCUAUGACCUUACAUGAGGCGGAAUGUUUUUACAUUUUUGGUACCCAUAAAAUCUGGUACGUGUUUCAUAUGUUUGUGGAGAUGCAGUUAUGCCAGAUGUUUUUUAAACGCCUUUGAAAUUCCUUUUAUUUACAAUUCUGAACUAAUCUAGAGCAACUAAAGCUAAACAAACCGUGCUUGCUAAGACAGCUACACCCCUUGAAACAGAUGUUAAGAAAAAUGUCCCGCCACUUUCGGAACAUCUCGGAAGUCGAAGUGAGAAAAAUGAUUACAGGAACAUUUACAUUUUUUUGUUUAAAAAAGCGCUAAAUUCUGCGUUAUGUUGAACAUGCUUUUUCAAAUGAUAAUCAGAUGCCAGAACUGGACUCUGAUCCAAACCGUUUAGCCGCAGACAAAACUUUAACUUAUUUAACAAGAUGUUGUAUAUCAGUUCAUCGUAUCGCAGUGAGAGUUAGUGACUCUCUUGGUUGUACAUGGUAAUUUAAAACGUGCUACAGCAACAAAAAUAUAAUAAUAAUAAUAAUAAUAAAAUGAAAUAGAAUUUUUAACUAGAUAGAUAUUAAAAUAUACAUUAAAAAAUACAAAAAUAAAGAUAGGUUAUUCUAAGUUAUCAGUUUUCUGGAUUAAUUGACCACCAGUUGUUUAAGAGAGAGC